AUGAUACCAAUCGCGAGACCAUUGAGGCCCUUGCGGUCCCAGAGGAUACUCGUACAAGCCCAUACGCCCUCACCUUCACGUCUGCUAUCUUCCUCUCGACAUGCCCGUAGCCAUGGCCAUCGCGGCACGUUCCACCAUCAGCUGUCGCGUGUCGACGACCACGAAAUCGUUCAGUUGGCCAGUAAGACGCAGCACCCCUUGAGCCUUGCAGACCUGGUCAAACAUGGCCGGCCUCCUCUGAGCGAAAAGUCCCUCCUCUCCUCCGCGAACUUCACCCUCUCCCUGCUCCCAAUCCGCCUCGCCCACCGCAUCCAGGCACUUCGCAAUCUCCCCUAUAUUGUCGUCUCCAACCCAAACAUCAGCCGCAUCUAUAACAACUACGUUCACUCCCUCUCAACCCUCCUGCCCUGGUGGUCCAAGGGAGGCGACAGCGCCGUCCGAACCCUAGAUGACGAGAUCCGCUUCACCGAGGUCCUCGCUGAGCUCGUGGCUACCCACACCGACACCAUCCCUAUUCUUGCCCGCGGGUUCCUCGAAUGUCGCCGAUACAUUUCCCCACAUGAGGUGACCCGGUUUCUCGACGAGCACCUGCGCGCUCGCAUCGGCACCCGCCUCGUCGCCGAGCAGCACAUCGCCUUGCACUACAGCUCGCAGCCGCACUUCGACCCAGGCGCGAGCCCCACGCCUUGUCCGGAACACCCCAGCUACAUUGGCGUAAUUGAUACGGCCCUACGUCCUGCACACAUCAUCGAAUCCUGCGCCGGGUUCGUUGCGGAUAUCUGCGAGCUGCGGUACGGCGUGCGGCCACGGCUAUACAUCGAUGGCGAGCCUGAUACCACAUUCGCAUUUAUACCAAUGCACCUCGAAUAUAUUGUCACUGAGCUGCUCAAGAAUGCCUUCAGGGCGACCGUAGAACAUAGGGACAAUAAGGAGCCCAUCGUAGUUACGAUCGCGCCUGAGCCGCCUAGGCUAAACCAGCCCUUGAAUAUCGAGGUACCCAAGGAAACGAGGGGUGAGUUUCGGAGCGAUGCCAUUAAGCCGCUCGAAGACAACGUGCCAGGUGUGACAAUUCGAAUCCGGGAUCGCGGAGGUGGCAUCGCUCCCGAGGUGCUGCCCAACAUUUGGUCGUACUCCUUCACCACCUUUUCCGACGAAGAUGAGUUCCCGGGGUCUGACAACGGCUUGAAUAUGAUAUCCGGAGCGAGCGGUGGCGGCAGCACCAUUGCAGGUCUUGGGUAUGGCUUACCGCUCAGCCGAGCAUACGCCGAGUAUUUUGGUGGUGGCAUUGCCGUCCAAAGUUUGUACGGCUGGGGCACUGAUGUCUACCUUCGACUCAACGGCGUUGGCAAAAUCCAGGAACGCAACCCAACGUAG